UGGCGCAUGCGCAGUCACGGCCGCGGCAGCCCCCAAUCCGCCGCCCCAACGGGGGACAGGGAAGCGUUGGUCCCUCUGCGCUGCCGUCUUUUCCGGCAGUUGGGGCGCUUCCUGUUAUCCUCAGCCGCCGCGGCUCAGCGGCCGCUGUCCCUCAGAGUCCCCGGCGCGUCGCGGUCGCUCGCGAGUCUGCGCCGACGCCGCCAGCCCUGCGUCCCCUCAGCCCGGGUCCGCCAUGGCAAUGACAGGUUCAACACCUUGCUCAUCCAUGAGUAAUCACACAAAGGAAAGGGUGACAAUGACCAAAGUGACAUUGGAGAAUUUUUAUAGCAACCUUAUAGCUCAACAUGAAGAACGAGAAAUGAGACAAAAGAAGUUAGAAAAAGUGAUGGAAGAAGAAGGCCUAAAAGAUGAAGAGAAAAGACUCAGGAGAUCUGCACAUGCUCGGAAGGAAACAGAGUUUCUUCGCUUAAAGAGAACAAGACUUGGAUUGGAAGAUUUUGAGUCCUUAAAAGUCAUAGGCCGAGGAGCAUUUGGUGAGGUGCGGCUUGUUCAGAAGAAAGAUACAGGGCAUGUGUAUGCAAUGAAAAUCCUCCGCAAAGCAGACAUGCUUGAGAAGGAGCAGGUUGGCCACAUUCGUGCGGAGCGUGACAUUCUAGUGGAGGCAGACAGUUUGUGGGUUGUGAAAAUGUUCUAUAGUUUUCAGGAUAAGCUAAACCUCUACCUAAUCAUGGAGUUCCUGCCUGGAGGGGACAUGAUGACCUUGUUGAUGAAAAAAGACACUCUGACGGAAGAGGAGACACAGUUUUACAUAGCAGAAACAGUAUUAGCCAUAGACUCCAUUCACCAGCUUGGGUUCAUCCACAGAGAUAUCAAACCAGACAAUCUUCUCUUGGACAGCAAGGGCCAUGUGAAACUUUCUGACUUUGGCCUUUGCACAGGCCUGAAAAAAGCACACAGGACAGAAUUCUAUAGGAAUCUGAACCACAGCCUCCCCAGUGAUUUCACUUUCCAGAACAUGAAUUCCAAAAGGAAAGCAGAAACCUGGAAAAGAAACAGACGUCAGCUAGCCUUCUCUACAGUAGGGACACCUGACUACAUUGCUCCUGAGGUGUUCAUGCAGACUGGAUACAACAAGCUCUGCGAUUGGUGGUCACUUGGGGUGAUCAUGUAUGAGAUGCUUAUCGGCUAUCCACCUUUCUGUUCUGAGACCCCUCAAGAGACAUAUAAGAAGGUGAUGAACUGGAAAGAAACUUUGACCUUUCCUCCAGAGGUUCCCAUCUCUGAGAAAGCCAAGGAUCUAAUUUUGAGGUUCUGCUGUGAAUGGGAACACAGAAUUGGAGCUCCUGGAGUUGAGGAAAUAAAAAAUAAUCCUUUUUUUGAAGGUGUUGACUGGGAACAUAUCAGAGAGAGACCUGCUGCGAUAUCUAUUGAAAUUAAAAGCAUUGAUGACACCUCAAACUUCGACGAGUUUCCAGAAUCUGAUAUUCUUAAGCCAACAGUGACCACAAGUAAUCAUCCCGAGACUGACUACAAGAACAAAGACUGGGUCUUCAUCAAUUACACAUACAAGCGCUUUGAGGGCCUGACGGCCAGGGGGGCCAUACCUUCCUACAUGAAGGCAGCGAAAUAGGAGCCACGCUGUGAGUCCUAAAUGAAGCAGAGUUCUCUAUACAACAUGGUUUUCCUCUCACGCUCUUGAAAGAGCUUCCAAGAAAUUUAUGAACCCAUUGACAUGUCAUAGUAAAGCCUCUGAAAUGUGAUAGUAAGUGGAUUUCUCUCCAUAGUGCAUCUGGAAACCGACAGGACAAAGACAAGUGCUUCUGUCGGCCACAAACAGCUGUCUUGCUUCUUUAGAAGCAUUGUGAGCCAAUUUGCUAGGUGUUUUAAGAGAAUUUGAGUUUUCCUAAGUUCAUCAGAGUGAAGGGGAAAAACUGCCAUCAUUCAACAUUAUUGAGAUAAUAUAUACUGAAUAUCAGCCAAUUCCUGUGAUGUGGCGACAUGCUACCUGCCAAGCCCACCAAGUAUUUCUUUGCUCUGUAUAGCUAAAAGUUCCAUAGUACUAAAGAAAUAAAGCAAUAAUGAAAGUGUCUAAGCAGCCAGCAGUGUGGCUGAAGGAAGAGAUCCCCAUCCUGAGGGGUGGCUGUGGCUUGUCCCCAUACCUCGGCCUUGGCAAGUGGCUUCCUGGAGCCAUCAUUCAUGGUGCACUUUAUUUAUGGUACUAGGGCAAUGACUCUGAAUCCACUGACUUCUCUCCCCGACCCACCCAGAAGUUUCAUGCUGCUCUUCUGCUUGUUGAUGGGGGCACCAGCUUGAUCCACUGUUGCUCAUAGAAGGCCCAUGAAGCCACUGAGCACUGCCAAGGAGUCUGGAUCGUGUGGACAACCCUCAGUUUCUCUUCAUUGCUGUACAUGAAGAUCCGAAGAUGAAUGCUGCCUACCAGCAACACCUGUGAGUGUGAGCAGCAGAGCGAUUUGUUCCUGGGAACACAGCAGGGCACCCAGGUGGAGGCUCAGGUGCUGCCUUGCAUGAUCUCACUGCCUCCUUGGAAGAUGAGGCAGAACCAACCCAGUAGAAAAGCUCACACAGCCCACUGGCUGAUAGGUCCUGGUGGAGCUUGCUCGAUCCCUGGUGUAAUGUGUCUCCUUUCCCAACUUUUUAAGUAGCCGUUUUGCCUUGGAAUCAUGAUUGCAAAUUUUUCCUUUGCAGAUGCCUUCCUGGGGGGUAUGUGCCCCCACUAAAGGGUCACCUGCAGCUGGGCUGACCUGGCCUCUGCCGUAGUGUUCUCACAUGAGAAACUCUGAAUUUAGCACAAAGUGCCUUCUCUGUCACAGCUGUUGCCACCUUUAGAGGACUUUUGCUGCGUCAGAAAAAAUGUGGAGGUUCCAUAUUAAUGCAUUAUUAGAUUUUGGUUUUAGGUUUUGGUAACUGUUAAAGCAUCAUUUGCACUUGUGUGGUAACUUGCAGAGCAGCAUGGCCAAGCCUCUCCCAGGACAGUCUUGGGGUUGUGAAGGUCAGCUUUGUCCUAGCUCAGCCAUUCAGAAAGGAAGAUGGAAUGUCAGUCUUGCAGUUGUAAGUAAAACUGCUUUGAAUUUUCAUAUCUAAGAUGACGAAAAAGCAAUGUUAAUGAGGUUUGCUCUGGAUAAAGGUGACGUGUUAGCUCUUUAAUCUUUCAUUUAUAUAUAACCU